AUGCCUCGCAACGGAGAUGGAUCAGGCGACAAUGGCCCAAUUGAGGGUCACGAGCUACUUCAUGGCGCGUCGGGCGACAAAACACUCCAACACACCAAGCACGUAGCACCCAUGCCUGAGCAGGAAGCAGGAGACGCUCUUCCCGGCAUGGGCGCCGGCGGCGCCGCAGCCCCCAUCGCGGACGACGCGGAGCAAUUCGGCGUCAACGAACCCAAGAAAGACCCCCUCGAAGAGGAGGACGAAGAACCAACCCCGGACCACUUGAAAACCAACACCUCUUCUUCCAACAACAAGAAGCGAACAGAACCCCACCACUCAGCCACCUCGCCCGAGCGCUCCCAGUUAGACCAGAAAUUCACGAAGCUGGAUAGGGAUGAAGUAAACAUCGCUACGAGUUCGACCAAGGGACAGGAGAUGGAUGCCAGGGCGCAGCGUGUGGCUGAUGCGACGAACAAGAGCAAAGGAGCUGGGGAUGAAAUUGUGAAGAAACAUGGAGGGCAUGCUGAUGUGGAGGAACUGCAUGGUGCAACUAGUUUGGAGCACGGUGACAAGAGCAAAGACAGCGGGAGUGCGAAGAAGGGCGCGCAAAACGAGAAGAGUGGAAGUGGGAAGGGGGGUAAAGGAAGCGAGGGUGGUGAGGACAUCAGUCUUGGAGAUAAGGUAGCAAGGGAGCAGGCUAAGAAGUUUGGUGCGAACAUUGAUGUUUGA